CUCUCUCCCCUCCUAUUUUAUGAGAAGAGCCUAUAAAGAGGCCUCAAUCCUUCCACUUGUUCCUUCACAAGCUCUCUCCUCCAUUACAGAGCAACCAAAAAAAACUCACAAGUUCUUCGUUGCUCAGCUUCUUCCCACUGCUCGAGAAGAGUUGGUUUUUUUUUUUGUAUCAAAUACAAAAGAAAAGCUCCCAAUUGCGAACUGUUAAAAAAAACAGCAGUGGAACGAUGGAUUUCUCCCUUUUGUGUUUCCCCAUCUUCGCGGUGGUUCUCUCCCUAUGUUUUUUCCGGUUCUCGCCCUCCGCCGUCGACCGCCGCCGCCGACUGUCCCAGAAGCUCCCACUCCCUCCGGGAACAAUGGGUUGGCCGUACGUCGGCGAGACUUUCCAACUCUAUUCCCAAGACCCUAAUGUGUUCUUUGCCUCCAAACAGAGGAGGUACGGAUCGAUAUUCAAGACCCACAUCUUGGGAUGUCCGUGUGUGAUGAUUUCGAGCCCGGAGGCGGCGAAAUUCGUGCUGGUGACAAAGGCGCAUCUGUUCAAACCGACUUUUCCGGCGAGCAAAGAGAGGAUGUUGGGGAAACAAGCCAUCUUCUUCCACCAGGGAGAUUAUCAUACAAAGCUCAGGAGGCUUGUUCAUCGAGCUUUCAUGCCGGAAUCUAUCAAGCACAUGAUCUCCAACAUCGAUUCCAUCGCUCAAGACGCUCUCCAAUCUUGGGAAGGAACCAUGAUCAACACCUACCAAGAAAUGAAGACCUACACGUUCAACGUUGCCCUGCUCUCCAUUUUCGGAAAGGACGAGGUACUGUACCGGGAAGAUCUGAAACGAUGCUACUACAUUCUCGAGAAGGGUUACAAUUCGAUGCCGGUGAAUUUGCCGGGAACUCUCAGGAAGGAGCUCGCUCAGAUCCUGGCAAGAACCCUGUCCGAGAGGAGACAAAACGGCGCCGUACAGAGAAACGACUUGCUCGGAUCGUUCAUGGGCGAUAACGAAGGGCUCACCGACGAGCAGAUCGCCGACAACAUCAUCGGCGUUAUCUUCGCCGCAAGGGACACGACGGCGAGCGUGCUGACGUGGAUCCUCAAGUACCUUGCGGAGAAUCCCACCGUUCUAGAAGCUGUCACGGAAGAGCAAAUGGCGAUAAUUAAGGGCAAAACGGAGAAAUCGGAAAUUGGUCUGACCUGGGCAGAUACGAAGAAGAUGCCCAUAACUUCGAGGGUUAUCCAAGAGACACUGAGAGUUGCUUCCAUCUUGUCUUUCACCUUUAGAGAAGCUGUUGAAGACGUUGAGUAUGAAGGUUAUUUGAUUCCCAAAGGAUGGAAAGUCUUGCCCUUGUUCAGAAACAUCCACCACAAUUCCAAAAUCUUUUCUGAUCCUGAGAAAUUCGAUCCGUCGAGAUUUCAGGUGGCACCAAAGCCCAAUACUUUUAUGCCAUUUGGCAAUGGGACCCACUCAUGUCCAGGGAAUGAAUUAGCCAAACUCGAGAUAUCUAUCUUGAUUCAUCGUCUCACCACUAAGUACAGGUGGUCAACUGUGGGACCUAGCAACGGAAUCCAGUACGGUCCCUUCGCUCUUCCUCAGAACGGGCUUCCCAUCGUAUUGGCCGGAAAACCCUAAAUAGAUGCGUAGAAUUACUAGAAUGCCCCUGAACUUUAGGGUUUCCCAAUAUAGAAAAUGAACAUUUUUAACUAAACGUCUCUGAUUGCAACCUCGAAGAUAAAGAAGACAAUUUCAUAAUUUCCAUUUUAUUUUUUUGUGAGGAAAAUGUAGAAAAAAUACGUAAGGGAAAAAGCGAAAAAUCAAGAUUUUCGUUAGGAAAAUCCCAAACGGGGAAAGAAAAAUGAAAUGGAAUCCCAAGUGUAUAUAAAGUUCCAAUUUUUGUUUUUAAUUUUGAAAAAUGGAAAUUUAUGAUGUGUAUCUCUAAAGUGUAUGUAAGAUGGUUUGUCCAAAUUGGGACUUUUUUUUUCCCUAUUUUUUCCUCUUAUUGUGACAUCUUUUACAACAAAUGCAAUGAGAUUGUGAAUCCAA